UGUGUGUGUGUGUGUGUGUGUGUGUAUUUUAGAGUAACGUUAGGCAUGCUGCGUGUGGAAAUAGUGAAAAUUAUUUUACAUCAAGGUUAUGUUAUAACUUAAGGUUGUCAGUGUACAUAUCUUACCCAUAGACCUAUGCUGAUGUAGCCUACCUACAUUGAGCCAAAUGAAUGACAUUUCAGUAGGCCGAGUAACGUUAUGCUCAGGUUUUUAAACCAAUACCACAGUUGCCACGAAAACAGAUGUGAAUGUGAUGAAAGCUAACGCUAGUGCUAUAUUUUAUUUGGCAUGGUAUAUCAGAGGCAAGUUUCAGCUGGUCAACAAAUCAGGCACCGUAUACGCGGGAUUAAUCUGCCAUGUCUGAAAUCUGAAGCAUGUUAAAGCAUAAACAGGUUGGCAUGGGUGGUUUGAGCCGCCAGUACAGUGGGGGUCAUACAUAUGCACAGUAGCCUACAGUACACAAAUGAAAGGAUACAAAAUUUGUUUCAAGACCAACACAAGUGGUAUUGGCAUCUUUUCCCAUUAAUACAUAUUUAGCAUCCUUCAUCCUCUUCAAGAGACACAUCUAAACUCUAGUGCAGCAGCAGCAGCAGCCUGAAUGUAGUUUUACUCGCUCUGUGUUUUAUAACUCAUCAGGAUGAGUGGCUGAGUCUUCAGGCCAUGCUAAUCUGAUACCAUAGCGAGCUCACUGACUCCCAUCCAACUCCCAACUGCGAGCCAAGGCCACGUCAGACCCCAAUGCUGCACUGGACUGAACUGGACAGUAGUCAUGAUGAGCUUGGGUUAAUGAUGGUGAAGUGAGAGCCUCGGGAACACCAAAACAUUUACAGCUUCGACUUCAGCUCCAAUCCACCGUUACCGUUGGUAAGAAAGCGGUGCUGAUAGAUUGGUUGGCUUUAGAUACUGGGAUGAAAAUAGAGGAAGUGAUGCCAAGGAGAGACAGAUGGAACCAUAUUAGGCCCUGCCAUUCACUGUGGAUUAUACAGCGCUGGUGGUCCUGACUGUUCAGCAGGAUGAGUGAGGCGGACGGCCAGUUUUACAGCGUUCAGGUGGGAGACUCCACCUUCACUGUACUCAAGCGCUACCAGCAGCUCCGCGCCAUUGGCUCCGGGGCCCAGGGCAUCGUCUGCUCUGCUCUAGAUACAGUCCUUGGUAUACCAGUGGCAGUGAAAAAGCUGUGUCGGCCCUUCCAGAACCAGACCCAUGCUAAGCGUGCCUACAGGGAGCUAGUGCUGCUCAAAUGUGUCAAUCACAAAAAUAUCAUCCGUCUGAUCAAUGUGUUCACGCCUCAGAAGUCCUUGGAGGAAUUCCAGGACCUGUAUCUAGUGAUGGAGUUGAUGGAUGCCAGCCUGUGCCAGGUGAUCCACAUGGACUUGGACCAUGAGAGAAUGUCCUAUCUGCUCUACCAGAUCCUCUGUGGCAUCCGGCACCUGCACUCUGCUGGCAUCAUCCACAGGGACCUGAAGCCCAGUAACAUUGUCGUGAAGUCAGAUUGCACUCUAAAGAUCUUGGAUUUUGGCCUGGCUCGGACGGCCUGCACUAACUUCAUGAUGACCCCUUACGUGGUGACCAGAUACUACCGCGCGCCAGAGGUCAUACUGGGCAUGAAGUAUAAGGAGAAUGUGGACAUCUGGUCAGUGGGGUGCAUCAUGGGAGAGAUGGUUAAGGGCAGCGUUAUCUUCCAGGGCACCGACCACAUCGACCAGUGGAAUAAGGUGAUCGAGGUUCUGGGCACACCCAGUCUGGAGUUUAUGAACCGACUGAUGGAGACCGUGAGGAACUAUGUGAUGAACAAGCCACAGUAUCCUGGCGUCAGCUUUGACGAGCUUUUCCCAGACUGGGCCUUUCCUUCUGACUCAGAACAUGACAAACUGAAGACAGGUCAAGCACGGGACCUGCUGUCCAAAAUGCUGGUCAUUGAUCCUGAGUGCCGCAUCUCGGUAGAAGAGGCCCUGAAUCACCCGUACAUUCACGUGUGGUACGACCCUGGUGAGGCCGACGCGCCCCCUCCCCAGAUUUCAGAUAAGCAGCUGGAAGAGAGAGAGCACUCCAUCGAGCAAUGGAAAGAACUCAUUUAUGAAGAGGUGAUUGAUUGGGAAGAGAGGAACAAGAAUGGACUGAUGAAAGAAGACUGCUCAGAUGUGGUGUCGGGUUCAGCCUCCCAGUCGUCUUCAGCCAACGACAUCUCGUCCAUGUCCACGGAGCACACCUUGGCCUCGGACACAGACAGCAGCAGCAUCGACACGCUGACGGGACCGCUGGACGACAUUCAGUGAACACCGUCCAUGGCCACAUGUGUUUGCCUGUCUGCCUGCCUCAGUCCUCCCCUCACAUUUACAAUAUCAGUCAAUCACCUUCCUUUCUUCUCUUUAAUCCAUUCCCCCCGCCACACACAUUUACUGAAUUUAUUUUGUCCUGUGUUUUUCUUUUUUCCCACUUUAACCUCAAUGAAUAGGUCUAUUUUUCUAUUUUCUUUCUGUGUGUGUGAUCUGGUUGGUCUUGUUGAACCUCUCCAACAACCGUUUUGGGCUAAGGUCAAAGCUAUAUCUGUAUGGUCAAAGUUUUGUCUUUCUUUUUGUGGAUAUUGUUUACCUUCAUCAAGUACAUAUGAUGUAUGCAUAUUGAUUUUCGGGUUACCAGGAGUAGGUGGGGGAUUGUUGUUUGUUCCGUAUGCCUGUAUUUUAAUAGUUUUAUUUUUUUUAAGCGAAUAUUGCGUUGAGACCAGAGGUUAUCAAACUAGAGCAGACACGCACUGCACAUAGACCACAGCUGCCAGCUACUCUCAUGCAUGUGACGCCAAUACGAACAAAAGCUUGCCAUAAGUCGACCGCGCCAACCAUCUGAUGUCCAUCUGGUGAUCAAACACUCAUCUAAAGUUUGAUGGAUCCUUUAGCUAGCGCGCAUUAUUGCACUCCAUUGUGUGUGUAUGUGUUUGUGGGUUUUUUUUUUUAUUUUUUUUUAUGAAUUGCCUCGAGUGAUGUGGAUUUUAAGCUUUCCUCCUGACAGCUAAGGGAAGCUGGGGUUGCGGUGUUACAUUUCUAUUUCAUGAUACUAUGUACUGUAUGUAAAGAUGUCAUAAUCUGACCCUCAUAGUCGCUGUAGACCAUUUCACUACUAAUAGGUAAGGUGUGCUCAUUUUGUUUAGAAACCCACCAUAUCUGUAGAACACCAUAUUGCACCCACAUUUGGACAUAAGGUACUGACUAUCACAAGAACAUCAUAAUCUUGUAAAUUUGGGGCAGGCAAAAAUAUACAUCUAGUAUUCAUUUCUGUGUUCUUGCAAAAUGUUGCACACAAUCGCAUUGAGGCCCAUGUAAAAUAAGCCUCUUGUUGAAGCAUUUCAUUGACAAAUCAAUGCACUGGUUGCUCCUUUUCUAAACCAUUCCAUUAGUACUGGAGCAGUCACAAAAUGCAUCAUGAAUCAGAUAUCAUGUAGAA